ACCGCGCGUGCGCACUGAGACCUGGGGGGGUUGGCCGCUAUAUAAGCAGGAGGGCGGCUCCUCCGCGCCACAGGCACUACUGGUGCAAGUAUUAGUUAAGCUGCGGCUUGUGAGCGUAACCCAGGCGGCAACGAUGGUGAAGACCGUGGGGAACCUGGAAGAAUUUAAGUCUGAAUUGACAUCUGCUGGUGUAAAGCUUGUAGUUGUUGACUUCUCGGCCACAUGGUGUGGACCAUGCAAAAUGAUCAAACCCUUUUUUCAUAGUCUUUGUGAGAAGUUCCCAGACGUAGUGUUUCUUGAAGUUGAUGUGGAUGAGGCUCAGGACGUGGCUUCAGAGUGUGGAGUCCAGUGCAUGCCAACAUUCCACUUCUACAAGGAGGGCAAAAGGGUGUGUGAAUUCUCUGGAGCAAACAGAGAGAAGCUGGAAGAGAAUAUUGUCAAGCUACGCUGAUCAAACAACGUGAACAGUUAAUGUUGACUGUUUAUAUAUAGCCUGUAACUUUUUCUACUUAUGGAGUCUAAUCAAGGUAGCUAAAUAUGUAUCCAAAAAUUGUCCUUUCAGACUGUAAAUGAGUACAAUAAAAUGUAAAUUCAUCACUUA